AUUUAAAACUAGUGGUAGAUAAAGUUGAAGAAAACCCAAAGCGUAGGUGGAAGUAUAAAAACAAAUGGGAAGUCCUCUAUAUCGGUUUUUCCAGUUGGUGACAUCACAAAUUAAUUUGUGAUGAAUUUUUUUUCGAGUUAUUAUUGUGCAUCCAUUACUCUUAGAGUGUAUUACAAAAAUGUAUAUUUACGAUUUACCUUACACAGAUAGAGACAAAUUGUGUCAACUUAUGGAUAAAGAUAAUAAAUGGCAAGAACUUGGAGGAGUUCAUAUGAAGUACGAUAUUUUAACUUUGGAAGAAAUAAAAAGAAUCAGUAAAGGAGGUUCUUCACCUACAUCGGAAUUGUUGAACAUUUGGGGUCAUCAGAAUCAUACUGUGUUGGAAUUGUUUGUUUUACUUCAUCGUAUGAAACAAUAUCAAUCAAUGAUAUUAAUCAAAAACUUUGUUGAUAAAAAAUAUCACGUUUUAAUUAAAGACGGUGUAGGUAAUUUGGAUCCUUUAACGAGACAGAAACUUAUGCAAACUAAGAAAACAAAAAAUAUAGAUUAUAAAAUAAAUCUCGAUAACUAUGAAGGUUUUUCUGAAAAAAUUAUAAAUUCUCCAAUCGUGCCACAACUGCCGGAAAUAGUUACCAACGAAAAUAACGAAAGCAUUCGUUUUCCUUUACCAAAGUCACCAGUUAAUUUUGGUAGAUCAAAAGUAACUGCAUCAGAUAUAUCUAUUGUAGCCGAAUCUGUAGGGGGAAUACCUUCUAUUCCUUAUGAGGAACUCCAGAAGUCCACAAACAAUUGGGACGAAAAAACCGUUCUGGGAAAAGGUGGUUUUGGAAAAGUUUAUAAAGGAACGUGGAAAUGUACACAAGUAGCUAUUAAACGUUUAGAUCAAAAAGACCAAAAGGAAUACGAAACAGAGCAAAUAAAACAAUCCAUAACAGAAUUGCAUUGCUUAAAUGCUUAUAGACAUGAUAACAUUCUUCCAUUAUAUGGAUACAGCAUAGGGGGACCACACCCUUGUUUGGUAUACCAGUACAUGGCAGGAGGUUCAUUGGAUAAUCGUCUUAGAACCAAAGAUGCAGAAAAAUUAUUAAACUGGCCUCAGAGAUUGAAUGUAGCUAUUGGAGUAGCUAGAGGUCUUCAGUUCCUCCACACCAAUAUGAUAAACAGGAAACCAUUGGUUCAUGGAGACAUAAAAUCCGCCAACAUUUUGCUAGAUCCUUGUAACCAGCCACGGAUAGGUGAUUUUGGUUUAGCCAGGGAAGGUCCCCAGAGCCAUUACACUUACAUUAAAGUGAGUAGAAUACACGGAACCCGUCCGUACCUACCGGAGGAGUUUCUUAGAGCAAAAAAAUUUUCUACAAAAGUAGACACUUAUAGUUUCGGUGUUUUAUUAUUUGAAAUAGCCACGGCUUUAUCUCCGCAUUCCGAACAUAGGGAAGAAAAGUUUUUGAGAGAUCACGUGGUUAAUUAUCAGGGGGACGUAUUAGAACUUAAAGAUAAAAGGGUUAAGGAUUAUGAUGAUUGUUUCAAGGGCAUUUUGGAAAUAGGUAAAAUGUGCGUGAUGAGAUGGGCGAAAGACAGACCUGAAAUGGUCGAUGUGUUGAUUAGGUUAGAAGGAGUUUCUCUAAAUCAAUGAUAACGAUAUGAUGUGAUUUAUUUAUUGUAUUUAUUAUAGAGAUGUUAUAUUUUAUUGAAAAUUCCCUUUUACAGAAAAGUUAUUUAAAAAGUUAUAACCUAUUUUCCACUAAAAUCAUAAUAAAUUCAACACUUUGUGUAAUUCAAAAAGCGAAUAAGAGUUGUAGGUAUGGAAAAUAUUAUACUGAAAAGUAUAAAUGCUUGACAAUUGCUGAAAGGAAGAAUUUAAUAAAAAAGUGAUGUUCAAACUGCUUGAGCACGAAAAAAACUACUAAAUGAGGAUUAAUUUCCUUGUCUUGAAGAAAACCUGGUCACUUGUCUAAGAUAGCGGAUACUUAUUAAAGGAAAAAGAGUUCACAUCUUCUCUAAGCAUCAAAACUUCGUGGCAAGUGAAGAAUGACUUAAAAAUUUCCAAAAAAAAAAUGAAAACUUUGUAAAAAGUGUUAAUGAAGCAGUUGCUCAAAUUGGCACGGUCCAUUCAAGACUUUGAUUAAAAACUAUGAUGUUGGGACAUUCUUAAUACUAACAAAACAUUCUCACUUUUAAACCAAGUGUUAAGGAGAAAAUGUUGUAAAGAGAAGUUGGCUGCUUGGAUGGCAACAGAACUUGUCAACAGUAAAUGGGGACUUGAAACUAUUUUUAGAUAAUCGCAUUAUCCACAACUACCCUUCUACAUUGUAGAACGUAGAACUCUACUUCUUUCCACUGAAAACAACUUCCAAAUUGCAACCAUUGGACCUAGGAAUUAUCCAAAAGACGUUAUAUUUCAAAGUGAAGAAAAAUCAUUUCAGGCACUUUUUCUCUCAAAAAAAAUUAUAGAACAGACUGAGCAGCAGCAAUGCGUUUUAAAGUAAACCAUUAAAGCAGAUUUCUUUCGAAAGAUUUAUCAAUUCACAUUAUGAAUAUGAUUUUCUUCAACUGUUGAGUUUUAUCGUGAAAAAUCAUUACUCCUUUAUAUGUUUUUCAUGAUGAUUUGUCUUGAUUUUAGAUUUCUAUUCAUAGAAAAUAAGUUUAAAGUAUCUGAAAAUAAUUUGAAUGUCUUUAUCUGUAGUCUAUAUUUGUAGGUAGAAACGUCAAAUUUUUACUUGAUACUUUAAACUGAUUUUCUAUCAAAAUAAAUUUCAAAUCAAGAUAAAUCAUCACAAAAAAAUUAUGUAUAUGUACACGAAUGUAUGUACCUCUAAACUUUGGUCAUUGUUAAAUAAUAGCAGUUGAUUGAUAAUUAAUCAACACUUGAUACCUAAUUCAAAGUUUUAUUUAUUUUUUCUAAAAAAUUUCGAAUUAACGAGUUAACUGUAAUUCUAUUUCUAUUUUUACCAAGUUAAAUAUAUAUUUUCAAUUAUAAAAGGCAUUGAACUGAUUAUAACUUUUUAAAUACCAUGUAAAACUAUCACGACUGUUGAGGGAAAGUGAAAUUUGAAAUAAAUUAAGUCUUCCAUUGGAAAAAAAAACUUUUAUGUGAUAUAGUCAGACUUGACUUUACUACCUUUAACUCAAUAAUUAUUAUCGCUUUUUCGAUGUUUUUCGUGCUUAUUAUAUAGAAUUUAUAACAAUAAAAUAUAUAUUUAUUACUAAUGAUUCGUUACUAAUUUAAUAAUUACUAGCUAUUGCAAUUAACUCAGUAUACAGAUAUAUAAACAAAA